GAACAUAAUAUGGGGGCAUAAUCUACUAUAAGUUUCUGGAAUUAGGAAGCUAAGGUACUUUGUACUUACUUAGUACAGCAUAUAUAAACUGUCCUCAACAACCAGUUGCUCCCCUGCCUCGUCUUAUAACCAGUAAAAUACCCAUCAAACUUCUGAAAUCCUAAGCAAAAAUUUCCUGAAGGGAAGAAUAAAAAAUGAAGUGUAGGCAGUGCUUGUCCAUACUCUACCUAUUUUUCUUCUUAGCAAGUUUUCAUGUCACAUUUUUAGGUAGCUUGGUUGAGGCUAGGAAGAGCAGUGCUCUAAGUCAUAAGAAACAUAAACAUGGCAAAGGGAAAUCUGGACGUUAUUGUCCAACUCCUGCUGCACCAACACCUCCUCCAGGUUCGACUGACCCAACUAUGUCGAAUAACUUUAAUGUCCUUUCUUUCGGUGCAAAAGGAAAUGAAGCUACCGAUGAUACCAAGGCACUGCUAGAAGCAUGGGAAGCUGCAUGCAAAGUAGAAGGGGCAACAGUGGAAAUUCCUUCAGGAAAUAAGUUCUUAAUUAACCCAAUAACUUUCCAAGGGCCUUGUAUGCCACAACUUGUUCUUCAGAUUGAUGGAGUGGUUUUAGCUCCCCCAAAAGUAAGCUCCUGGCCAAAAUCUGGUCUUUUUCAAUGGAUUAAUUUUAAAUGGGUGCAAAAUUUCACCAUCCAAGGCAGUGGAAUUGUUGAUGGUCAAGGUUCUGAGUGGUGGAUGUCCUCCCAGUCCACUACAAAUAAGAAGAGACAUCAACCUGCACGAGUUCCAAGUAUGAAGCCAUCAGCAUUACGAUUCUACUCCAGCAAUGGCAUUACAGUACGUGAUAUUACAAUAACAAACAGCCCACUGUGCCAUCUGAAAUUCGAUAACUCUGUCGGCAUUCAGGUCCAUAAUGUUACCAUUUCAUCUCCAGAAGAUAGUCCUAAUACGGAUGGCAUUCAUCUUCAGAACUGUAGGGAUGUUGAAAUACAUCAUUCCAACAUUGGCUGUGGAGAUGACUGUGUAUCUAUUCAAACUGGUUGCUCUAACGUUCAUUUACACCACAUUACCUGCUGUCCUGGUCAUGGUAUAAGUUUGGGAGGUUUAGGAAAAGAUAGAAGCAUCGCUUGUGUCUCAGAUAUCGUCGUAGAGGACAUCAUCAUGCACAACACGUUAUUUGGAGUAAGGAUCAAGACAUGGCCUGGUGGUAUUGGAUCAGUGAAGAACGUAUCAUUUUCUGGCAUACAAGUGAGUGAUGUUAAGGUCCCUCUAAUAAUAGACCAAUUCUACUGCGAAAGCAAUGUUCACUGCAAAAAUCAAACUGGGGCAGUAGCAAUCUCCGGUAUCCAAUAUAAUAAAAUAGUAGGGACUUACUCUACUCAACCUAUACAUUUUGCUUGUAGCAAUGAUAUUCCUUGCUCUGAUGUUGAUCUAAUUGACAUUCAACUAACGCCGUCACCAAGAAAUCGAGGUCUUCUGCAAGCACUGUGCUUGAACUCUUAUGGUAAAACAGCUGCUCCUUUAAUUCCUCAAAGUAUAGACUAUUGCUUAAGGGAUGGUCAUAGGUUGGCUCGUAGGGUGCAAUCAUCACAUGAGAAGAUUUGCCAAUUAGGGUACUGAAGUGUAGUACUACUUUUUCUUCAUGUUUAACUUGUUUUCUACAUGUAAAUUUUCACAUUUUUCUCCUUUUUUCAGAGUAAUGCUCAUCUUAACUAAAAUUGACUUGUAAAUGUAGAAUAAACUUUUGCUGGUGUGUGCCCUGAAUUUGUAUUUUUGCGCUGUUGCUAAUCUUAAGUUAAUAGUAAAAGAGUCAUAUCUUUCGUGUU